CAUGUCGGAGUCCGACCUCGGCAGGAAGUGGGACCGGUGCAUGGCGGACAUGCUCGUGAAGAUAGGUACUGGAUUUGGAUUAGGACUUAUUUUCUCCCUUACCUUCUUUAAAAGAAGAAUGUGGCCGUUAGCCUUCGGUUCUGGCAUGGGACUGGGGAUGGCCUACUCCAACUGCCAGCACGACUUCCAGGCUCCUUAUCUUCUACAUGGAAAAUAUGUCAAAGAGCAGGAGCAGUGAGUGACACCUGAGACAUCCCAGUGGGAGGAAGGAGAAAUCAUGUUUAUUCCUCAGGAAUACUGAAGUGCCCUGGAGUAAGCUGACGUUCUUCUGUAACAAUGUUAUCAGUAAUGCUUUCAGCUCCAGCACACUGUUUAUGUAUUUGAAACCAAGUCUGUUUCUUGUUUUGUAUUUUCUCUCUGGAAACUGCAAGGAGGAGGUCUUGAAGAAAUAAAUUAAAAAGAAAUAGG